UCCUCCUGCUCCUGCUCCUCCUCCUCCUCUCUGUGUCAUUAAAGGAGGUGUGUUCAUGUGUCUCUCUUCACUUUGGAGCCUUCAGGAAACCUGAAAGUUGUUGUAACGUCUGAGAAGGAGUUUGUUGUGAGAGGUGAUGGGUUAUCAGAGGAGAGGAGGAGGUGAGGCUGUGGUGAGGUGUUCAUGUUCAGAGGAGGAGGUGAAGACCUCCUUCAGCAGCGUCGUGGAGGAGCGGCGGCUCAGACGAGUGUUUGUCUGGUUGGACUCCCCCCGCUUGUCCGCCGCCUCCAUCAGCAGUAAUGAGGCCACGCCCUCCGAGGCCUCGGACCACCGCCCGGCGAGCCUGAUCUCCACUCUGUCCUCUGGUUCCGGAUCCUCCAGAGACGACAACCUCGUCCCGCCACCGACCACCCAGACCUCCGAAGUGGACCUGGACUUCAUCCCUGCAGGGGGCGGAAGGGGGGCGGGGCCACGCCGGGAGCCUGCCUUUAAGGGGCGCAGCCUCGGCCUCAUACACAACAACAACAACAACAACAAAGAAUCCACGCUGAGCCGCGUCUCCAGCCGGCGCCACCAGGCGUCCCCGUUCAUCAGCAGGAGCAUGGCGCCGAACCCUCAGCUGACCUACCUGGACCGGGUCAUCAUGGAGAUCAUCGAGACCGAGAGGAUGUACGUCAGAGACCUGCGAAUGAUCGUAGAGGACUACCUGGCUCACAUCAUCGAUCAGUCCGAUCUAUCGAUCCGUCCUGAGCAGGUCUGUUUUCUGUUUGGAAACAUCGAGGACAUCUACGAGUUCAACAGCGAGCUGCUUCAGUCUCUGGAUCUCUGUGACAAUGACCCCGUCGCCGUCGCCAGGUGCUUCGUCCUGAAGAGCGAAUACUUUGAGAUCUACACACAGUACUGCACCAACUACCCAAAGUAAGUGCAGUCCACUACCAUCCACUACCAUCCACUGCAGUCCACUGCAGUCCACUACCAUCCACUACCA